CGCCACUUGUGCGACAUGGGGGGAGCGAAAACAGCAUACCUCAUCGCCUACAACGCCGGCUGCAUGGCCGGCUGGGCGUACGCCCUCUACCUUGCCCUCACCGCCCUCGCUGACGGCGGCGCGCUCUCCAGCACGUGGGCCACGAUGGGCACGGCGAUCAUCCUCUCGCAGUCGGCCAUGGCUCUCGAGAUGGUCCACGCGGCGACGGGGAUGGUGCGCUCGCCGGUGAUGACCACCGUGAUGCAGGUGCUCUCGCGCCUCCAGUUCCUCGUCUGGAUCCCGCUCGCUCCCACGUCGGCGAGCCAGUGGGGCUGCGGCAUGAUGGCCAUCUCAUGGGCGCUGGUCGAGGUGCCGCGGUACGCCUUCUACCUCAACAACCUGGUCGGGCCGGGCGGGCAGACGGGCACCCUCUACCCCAUCUUCUGGCUCCGCUACUCCCUCUUUGCCAUCCUCUACCCGACCGGCAUCACCGGGGAGGUCCUCACCCUCCUCGCCUGCCUCGCCGAUCCGUCCUUCGCGUCGGCCCUUGGCGGCUUCGCGCCGCUGCUCAUCAAGGCGAUGCUCGUGCUCUACGUCCCGGCGUCGCCCUUCAUGUACAUGAACAUGGUCAAGAACCGCAAGGGUGCCUUCAAGAAGCGGUUCGCAAAGCCGCCGCCGCCGCCAAAGGCGCCGGUGGGGGCCGAGUUCCCCGAGGACAGCAAGGGCGGCCGCUCGACUUCGGAGGCGGGCAAGAAGGCGUUCGCGGCAGCCAUCGGCGGCAGCGGCGUCGGCGAGGCGGAGGCGGCGGCGGCAAAGUGCGCCGGCGAGAGGAGCUGGCGCUUCGGGUACAAUAAGCACAUCACCAAGCUCGUCCGCCUCUCGUGCGAGUCGCCCGCCGCCGGCCUCGGCUCGGCGAAGGCGGGGCUGGGGUGGAUGUACGAGAACAUGGUGUACCACUCCCCGGACCAGACGCUGCGCGGCCCCUUCGGAGCAACCGUCGACAAGGUGACCGGCUCGUUCGAGACGGGCGCGGUGCGCGGCGGCAAGCGGCCUCCCCCGCCGGGCUACCGGGUGCCAUACGACGCUGGGUGGCACCCGUCGCGGCCGCGCCCUCCGCCGACCGGCCCUUCGGACUGCCUGAGCGGCAAGGCGCUCAAGGCGCAGGCGGCGGAGUGGGCGGCGGGCGGCAUCAUCGAGCCGGACGCGGCGGAGGCGCUCUGCUGGCUCUCCGACCACUUUGACAAAGGCGAGAGCCUGCAGGACGUGUACGUCGUGAUGAUCGGCGCCGGCUCGGCGAUGGGGCCCUUCCCAAAGCUGAUGGAGAUGGGCGCGACGGUCGUCGCCAUCGACAUCCCCGGCGCGUGGGGCAAGGGCGGCCCGCGCCCUGCCUCCGCUGUGUGGAGGCGCCUCUGCGACACGGCGCGAGGCUCGGCGGGCUCGCUCGUCUUCCCGCUCUCCAAGCCGCAGUCGCAGUGCGCCACCGACGAGGAGCUCUAUGAGGCCGCCGGCUGCGACCUGAUGAAGCAACCUGGCGAGAUCGCAAACUGGCUCUGCGAGUGGCAGAAGACCCUGCCCGACAGCGCAAAGGCGACGAGAGAGCUGCACACGACCACUCGCGUCGCGUUCCUGUGCACGCCCACCGACAUCCACGUCUGCACCGACGCGUCCGACAGAGCGGCGCGCGACAACUACGGCUCCGGCUUCGGAUCGUUCGGGCUCGAGAAGCUCGCCAACGCGCUUUCGGGCGGCAAGCUGCUCAUCCCCAACUUCAACGCGCCGGUGGAGGCGCAGGGCGGCAAGCUCAUCAAGUACGUUGACGGGCUGGCGGUGGCGCAGGGGCCGAACUAUGCGCUGGCCAAGCGGAUGCAGCACUGGCGCGCGAUGAUCGAGUUCGAGAGCGGCGCCGUCGUCUCGUCCAGUGUCGCGCCGUCGACCGCCACGAUCAGCGUCCUCUCGAACAAGACCUUCGCUUGGGCGUACGGAGGCAUGCCUUACUUCAAGUACGAGAUCUUCAAGCAGGAGACGACCAACGCCGUGAUGGCGGCGCUGCUCAUGCACGACAUCCUCAACUUAAAGGGGCCAAAGAACCCCGCCAACCGCAAGCAGUUCCGCCUCUCCAACCCAAUCGAGCUCUUCUCGACGCAGGCCGUCCACGGAGGCCUAUGGCGCUCCCCCUACAAGGCGGACUCGCUCGGCGAGGUCUCGGCCCUCAUCUACUUUGCAGGACUCGCGCGGCCCUACCUCCUUGCCGCCGGCGCCGCGGCGGCCGCCGCCGCGGCGUUCAUGUGAGGACGCCGCUCGCAUGGAGGCUGCUGCGGUGGGCAGCCGCGACACGAGAGGUGGAGCGCGGCGAUAAAAGGAACACGUCGUCUUCCGGCGCCGUGCUCGCUGCUCGGCCACAUGAAGUGAAUACGGCACUCACUCCCACAAACACAACUUUCUCUGCAUGCUAAAGAGAGAGAGAGAGAGAGAACAGAGAGCACAUGUGCAUCUGCCGAUUCGAUUGUUGUCGAUCUUGUGUGUGUAGAUCUAAGAUCUCGGCACAUAUCCUUGUCUGCC